AUGGUACUUUUCAUGUGCACAUUUUUGUUCAAGUCCUUGAUUAUAAACACCGUGUUGUCAUCAGAUGAGGAUUAUGAAGUUCUAAAGGAUGAGCCGUCAAUUCCGUGGUCAGCAGCCAAUGUCGCAGAAUGGGUGGCUGCCUCAAACCUUUAUCAUUAUGCCGAGAUCUUUGGGUUUAAAAACAUCAGAGGUUCAGACCUGUUCUUAUUGGAUAAAGAGAAAUUAUUUAAUAUGGGUGUUCAAGAUGAAUUCCAUCAAAAGGCGAUACUCGUUUGUAUAGAUGAACUUUGCAGAGCUAAAGAGGAACUUAGAUCCAUGGACGAUUUCCAAAACUUUGCUAAUGUAUUUUGUAGUGAAAAUUAUGUGUCACCGCAGGUUGCGCAUCAAGACAAGUGUGACAAGUGUCAUGUAUGUUUGAAAGGAGUUGUUCGUGAUGAACUCAAGUGUCAAGAGUGUGGGUGCCAUAAAAUAUGUAUUGCUACUGGAUUGCCACCUUGUCAGACAUCUAAAAGCCAGAAGAGUCACUUACCCUUUCGGCCUCCCAAAGUGUUUGGACAGGACCUUACGACAUCUUUUGAUGCCACCAAGUUAUCAGCCCCAAAAGUAGUUUUACUGUGUCUUCAGGAAAUAGAAGAACAAGGAAAACGCAACAAAAGUAUAGAUUUGUACAAAGUAUUUAUGUGUUCUUCUUCAUCGGAAGCUGUAAAUGAACUAAAAGAUAAAUUCGAUAAAGAUGUCAAUAAUGUAGAUCUUCAGAAUUAUGAACUCGGCUGUGUUGCUGGUGCCUUAAAGAAAUACCUCCGUGAGUUGCCAAACCCUGUGAUACCCGUAGAAAGCUACGAAACAUUUUUGGAAGCUUCUAAAAUAAGGAAUGAUGACCAGUGUUCUCGUCGCCUCAAUCAGUUAGUACAACAGCUUCCUGUACACCACAGAUUUACCCUUCAAACUAUAAUGUCAUUCUUCUGCCGACUCUGUUGGUUACAGUACAUUCGUGGAAUAAGGGAAUCACCUACUUUGCUGACGAAAAUGAUGUGUCACCUUUUUCUACGUCCACCAUUGGAACAUAUUAUACAAAUAGUACACAACAUAGAAGCACACGUUCGUAUAGUGGAUUUGUUGUUACGUAAGUGUGACUGGGGUGAGAAAAUGCCAGUUUUUGAUCCAGCUACAGCCUAUCCACCUUGUUGCCUAUCUGAUAUUUCCAGUCAUUUACCAUCAGAAGCACUCAUUGCAAGCACCACUAACAGUGAAGGGGACAACAUCAACCUUGCUGCCAAUACUGCUGAAGAAUACAACACUUUAGAAGAAGCAGAAUGGUACUGGGGGGACAUCACAAGGUGGGUGUGA